CGGAGUUGCCAAUGGCCUGUGGAGCAACAUGCCUAAAUUUUAUUGUGACUACUGCGACACAUACCUCACCCAUGACUCUCCAUCUGUGAGAAAGACACACUGCAGUGGUAGGAAACACAAAGAGAAUGUGAAAGACUACUAUCAGAAAUGGAUGGAAGAGCAGGCUCAGAGCCUCAUUGACAAAACCACUGCUGCAUUUCAACAAGGAAAGAUACCUCCUACUCCAUUCUCUGCUCCUCCUCCUGCAGGGGCAAUGAUCCCACCUCCCCCCAGUCUCCCAGGUCCUCCUCGCCCUGGGAUGAUGCCUGCACCUCACAUGGGGGGCCCUCCCAUGAUGCCGAUGAUGGGCCCCCCUCCUCCUGGGAUGAUGCCCCUGGGGCCUGCUCCUGGAAUGAGGCCGCCUAUGGGAGGCCACAUGCCAAUGAUGCCCGGGCCCCCAAUGAUGAGACCUCCUGCCCAUCCCAUGAUGGUGCCCACCCGGCCAGGAAUGACCCGACCAGACAGAUAAGGAGAUUGGGGAGCCUCUUUAUAUCAGUUUUAUAUUACUUGUACUUCACCAGGAGAUCAUGGUGCUGUGACUCGGGGUGUUUUCUAAUUGCAUGACAAAGAAAACUUGUUCCCCCUUCCUAUCAGAGAGAGUAGUUUUGGAGGGAAGUAGUGGGACAGAAGAAACAAUUUUCAUUUGUAUUGUGAAAUGUGAAAAUAAAAUUGUCAACUCUUUUAGUUAAAAA